GCUUCCGGUUACCUGGCGGGCCUGAGAGGCCGCUCUCCCGCCUCCGCCCUGGACGCUCCUGCACUGCAGACUCCCCCGAAACGGGGGCCCCGGACCCCAGGGCUCAGAAGGACUCAACCAGGACUUUCCAAAAGUUGCCGCGGGGCCUUCCAAUCCCCUCUUCAAAGAAGAAACGGGGUCCUGGCCUUUGCCAGCGGUACCCCACGUUCUCCAAGCCGGCUCUGUCUCUCCUCCCUCCUGACAGCACCACAAGUGCGGCCAUCUCCCAAGUCAGGCCAGGCUGAUGGAGCCAGCGAGGAUUCUCUGCACCUUGACAUUCAGAAACUGAAGGAGAAGAGGGACCUGCUGGACACGGAGAUCUCCCAACUAAUAUCUGAAGGCUACAGUGUGGAUGAACUGGAGGACCACAUCUCCCAGCUCCACGAGUAUAAUGACAUCAAGGAUGUAGGCCAGAUGCUGCUAGGCAAGCUAGCCGUCAUCCGAGGUGUCACCACCAAAGAGUUGUAUGCAGAAUUUGGCUUGGACAUGAAUGACUGAGCAAAGGCUAACAGCCCCUUGCCCAUGGCCCACUGGGACAGGCAGAUUUGGACAUGAGAGGCAGCGAGAGCCCAGCCAGAACAGAACACCCACCCAGCAAGAAAGGGUCAGGAGCCCUUUUCUAGAGAGCUCAAGCUGAGUGAGGAGGGAGCCCAGAGAAGAGGCAGACAGAGAAGAAGGGCUGUUCCCUGCUCCAAGUUUCCUGAAAUGUCCAGUGAUAUCUGUGUGUGUGUGUGUGUGUGUCUCCUAUUUGUAAAUAAACAUACAAGCAAUCUUGGUAUAAAUCUGUA